AUGCAGCUCGAGUCCCCCCGCGCGACUCUGCAGCAUCGGGGCUGCGACGGAUCCUAUGGGCAGCAGCCGCGCUCGAAAGCUCCCGAGCAGCAGAUCUGCUCGAAAGGAAGCCCCCCUUUAGGCAAACGGUGGUGGUUCCAAGUAGCUCCACGCUUGAGAGCAGAAGAAGCACGCACACAGAUGUGUCCUGGGCAUGUUUAUACUUGUAAGCAAAGACCCGCGGAGCUCCAGGGGUCUUGCGUCUGAACCAUCGUCGUUUCUGCACAAUCUAUCCAGGCAAAGCGUUGACGCUGAGUGAAGUCCUGAAAUGGCUUGGCUGUGAGGGCACCACGGGCAGCUUCCGCUCCCAGGAAUAUCUGCGAAAGCUAGGGUAACUUCAAACAAGUUGCACCAGGGCAUUAUAAGUCACUUCUUAUACUCCAUAUGCGCCUUCCUUCUUUUGAUAUAUGGGGGAGCAAUAGGUGACGUUCCCUAGGCCCAGUGGCGUAGCGUGGGGGGUGCAGGGGGGGCGGCCGCACUGGGCGCAACAUCUGGGGGUUAGGGUUAGGGGGCGCAAAUCCACGGGUUAGGGGGCGCAAAUCCAUGGGUUAGGGGGCGCAAAUCCACGGGUUAGGGGGUGCAAAUUACUUGCCUUGCCCCGGGUCCUGACAACCCACGCUACGCCCCUGCCUAGGCCCCUGGCAACAACCCAUCAGGAAAAGAGAAACGGAGUGCAAGAAAACGCCACCAUCGCACUUAACACUGAUGCUCCAAAAGCUACAAUAAGAUGUACACUUAGUUGAAAUUAAGUGCCAUUGAACUGAGUGGGAUUUAUCUCUGUACAUAUAAAUACGAUUGGCCUGCAUGGUUGAUCUUAUUUGCCCCUGCACUAGCGGUGUCCACAAGAGCGUAUAUGCAGCAAACAGAGACUUUUUCAAAUCUGGGAACCAGGCUAAUCUGGUUGGCCACAGCAAAAAAUGUUCAUUCUUCCUGGUGGAUACUAACAGGACCACAGUACAGUGGUACCUCGGGUUACAUAUGCUUCAGGUUACAUAGGCUUCAGGUUACAGACUCUGCUAACCCAGAAAUAGUGCUUCAGGUUAAGGACUUUGCUUCAGGAUGAGAACAGAAAUCGUCCUCCGGUGGCACGGCAGCAGCAGGAGGCCCCAUAAGCUAAAGUGGGGCUUCAGGUUAAGAACAGUUUCAGGUUAAGUACGGACCUCCGGAAUGAAUUAAGUACUUAACCCGAGGUACCACUGUACUAGAAAUAAAGAAAACAUUUAAGAAUAUUGUUUAAGACUCAUAUUCUCUUUUCCAACUCUUUUCUUUGUAAAUUGCGAGCUGUUUAGUGUACAGUAUAAACUUGUUGAGAAUUUUGAAUUCUAACUUGUAGUCAUAGCUUGGAUCCCAAAUGCCUUGCGAGUCAAACGUUUUGGCUCCUGAACGCAGCAGACCCAGAAGUGAGUGUUCUGGUUUGUGAACGUUCUUUGGAACCUGAAUGUCCGGCACGGCUUCCGAUUGGUUGCAGGAGCUUCUUGCAGCCAAUCAGAAGCCACGCCUUGGUUUCCGAACGUUUUGGAAGUUGAACGGACUUCCGGAACGGAUUCUGUUCAACUUCCAAGGUACGACUGUACUAACAAACCCUUCCUACAGUUGCUUUUGAACUCUCCUUUGCCAUGUGUUUACACUUAAGAUGCUGUUUUCCAGGUACCAAAAACAUGUGUAAAAUGUACAUAGUUUUAGGGUACACAACACACCUGCAAAGAUUAUUGUAAAAUCUAACUUUAGUAGAUCUAGUUUUAUACAACAGGAAGAAGAAUGCAAUGUUUCUGCAACAGCCAAGAAUGUUUUUAAAUUGGUCAUGUUAACCAUCUGGUGGGGCCCUGGCCUAAAAUGUUGAAUAGUUAAAAUAAAUAAAUCCCUACAAUACUCAGGGAUUUGGAAAUUGGAGAUUUAAAAUAAAUAAAUAAAACUCUUCCCAGAUUAUAAUUAAUUUGUAUCAAGUUUUAGAUUGCCAAAGUAUCAGUGUUAUCAUAGAAGAUAAGGCUAAUACUCCAGGUAUGGGAGGGAACCAGUGGAAGAACAAGGUUCGCAAGGCCAAAUAAAUAUUACAGAUACCUCAUGAUUCUAAGCUACACCUGCUAAAAUGACCUCUUUCCAUUCAGCUAUGAAUGUUUCAGGAGCUCUGUCCAUUUCUAUUUGGCCACCUUAACUAAAAUAUUACAGUAUAAUGCACAAGUGUAGCUUAAGACUAAUUGCAUGUAAAUGCAUUAAUAACUAAAGACCUGAGUGCUGCUGCGUCACAUUUUAGAAGAAACAAAGUCAAUAUGAUAUUACAACAUUUUUUAAUUUGGUAGCACGUAUCUUUUAAACUCUAAGGACUUCAGCUAGUAUUUGACAAAAAGUAACAGUAUUUAAGUUACAUGAAAGCUGUAUUCAUUCUACAAACAUUACAUACAAAAUAGAAUGUAAGUACUUUAUAUCUGUAUUCUGUCUUACAGCUUUUAAAACAAUGACAAUAGUAGAAAUAGAGACUGGUAAAUGAAAUGUCCAAUAAGAGGGCUAAAGUUUGCUAAAUACUUCCUUCAACAAACGGAAAACACCACUUCAAGCUUUUGACCACAGUUCUGUAAAAACUGCAGCAAAUACAAUUAAACUGUUUAGUCUAGCUUUCUAGUCAGUGUAUCAAUAGAUAAAGUAACUUGUGUAUAAGGCCUUGCAACAAAAGAGGAGUAAUACAAUAUUUUGGGCAAAGAGAACUAAGAGGAAAAAUGUAGAUCCCAGAUAUAUCUUUCUUCUCUGUAGAAAUUAUUUUAUCCCUACUAGGCAAUAUCCUCACAUUUUGCCCAGCCAAUUUAUCCUUUUUAUAAAGGGCCUCUUAAUGCCUUAUCGCCAAGAUUUCCCCCCACACCUAACUGCUGAUGUUCUGUAGUAUAGACACACACUUCCAACUUCAUCCUCCAGUUGGUUAAUGCCCUAAGGGCCAAAAAGAGAAUCAGCCAAGCAACCUUCUUUACAAGUUCUUUAUACCACCAGUUCUCAAAGGAGGGUAAAGCUCACUUUUCCCCUUACUGCUACCUGCCCCACACCCACCACAGGUGGACAGCAACCAGUGAAAUGUAAACAUGUCGGCAGGCAGGUGUUGAACAAGUCAUCAUGGCAAAAGGAACAUGAGCUGCCUUUACCUAAGGGAGGAUCAGCCUAGCAUCCGGCUGGAACAGAAGCAUAUAAGAUUCCUGAAGUGUGCCUUCUUGUAUGCGUCUUCUGUGCUGCAGCCUCACAGAGGAGCAGCUAAAAAUUGUACAUCCUAAGUCCUUUCUUUUACAAAACCUAAUGCUUAAAUUUAGAUGCUGUUGUCCUUUUCAAAAAAUAAUACAUAGCUGUACAUACUCAUUUAAGUCUAGAAUAUUUAAAAAAGAAGGAUAUACCUUCUGCUAUUGGUAGAAAACUAGAAAGUCCCAAUUUCAGUAGUGCUAUCACAAGAAGAUGAGCACUGAUGGGCAAAAUGCCUUCUGACUGGAAAUCACAUAAUCAGAGUUUUAAAGCAAUGUUUUUAAAUGACACCUUUUACUGAUAUAGAAUUUUUUUUUUGGUUCACAUCAGAAUAAAAUAUUCUGUACAUUAUAUAUAAAUAUAUAUAUUAUAAUAAUACUCUUUACAAAUAUAAAAUAUCUCAUUCAGAGAUCCAAAAAGUGCUACAGACAAAGUCUGGUUGCUGGAUAGUUCUGUAACAUUUUCUCCUUUACAUUCAAAUGUAAAAGAUUUCUGUUGAUCUAACUAAAACAAAACUUUGCUUUAAUCUCAUUCACAUUAGUUUUCAUUUUUUGAUCUUGUGCAGGCAAGACAACUUUUAAAAAAAUCACAUUUAUCUAAGGAUCGCAUCCUGCCUUACACUGGGUAUGAAUACCCAAAUACAAAAUACUGAUACCUUGCAUUAGUUCAGAAUGAUGCAGUCACAUUUAAAUUGCUGCAUUUCUCAGGGAAAAAUAUGGAAGUGGAGAAUUUAUCAUUGCCUGGUCACCAUCUCUCUGUAUUUGGCCAAGGAAACUUACACAUGGCUUAUAUUCUAAAGGUAGUGAUGAGAUUUCUGCAAAUUCCCCACUCCCAAUGCAGCUCUCUGCAUCAUGACCCACAACAUUCCCAAUAGUCCCACAACCCUAAAGAGAAGAUUUUUGGAGGAUUCAGUGGGCUGUAAAUAGAAGGAGUCAGAAAAUCUCAUUCUGUGAACAUGAAUGAAUUCUGCCCUUUUCAGGGAAGGAAAGUUAGGUUCUAAGAUACUGAAUGCAAAAUCCACAUAUUAUGUACUUGGUUAUCUACACCUAAAUACAAACUGUUCCAGAAUGUCCUUGCUAAUGACUCUUCAAAGAACCAAGGAAAAAGAGGCAGAAAACGUACAGAAAAAAGUAACCCAAACCCCACGGCAAGCUUCCUCAAUGAAACUACAUGCAAGCCCACCAAACUAGCUUAUACACCUAAAACUGUCAUUUGUAUGCCUUGUACUGACUGAUCUAAAAGUUAGGUCUGCUUAAGCUCACUAUAUCAAUGCUCUUAGGCACACCUCAUUUUCAUAGGAUUGGGUUGUGAGUUGUUAUUCACAGAAUGACUUUGACACCAUUUCCUAAAGCUAAAGCUCUUCUUUUGCCUUCAAAGAAAGAAAUGUUACUUAAAUGUUAAGGUUUUGUCUCUCGGUUUUUUUAUUCAUCAGCUGGAGCAUUUGCGCUGCUGCCUUCAGAAGACCACCUUUUGCAAGGGAGAAAAAGGAAAGAACACUCUUUUCCUGCUUUUGA